AUGAAGUAUCUCGUAGCAGGCCUUCUUUCGCUUCUCGGCGCAGUCUCCGCCGAAGGACAGCUCUGGGCACAGUGCGGUGGCCAAGGCUUCACGGGACAGACCACUUGUCCCUCGGGCUCUACUUGCCGAGUCUCUAACCAGUGGUAUUCGCAAUGCGUCCCUUCCAGCAACUCGGCAAGCAGUGCAUCGCAAGAAACCGCCAGCACCACCGCCGUAGUCCCCCCCGCGGCGACUAGCUUCGCAAAGACGGACGGACUGCUAUUCAACAUCGACGGCGAGACCAAAUACUACGCGGGCACAAACAGCUACUGGAUCAGCUUCCUGACGAACAACGCCGACGUCGACAAGACGCUCGACCAGCUCAAGGCCGCGGGCCACAAGAUCCUACGUAUUUGGGGCUUCAACGACGUGACGUCUCAGCCCGGGUCCGGCACAGUCUACUUCCAGCAUCUGUCCGCCAGGGGCUCGACCAUCAACACGGGACCCAACGGCCUGCAGCGCCUCGACUACGUGGUCUCGUCUGCCGAGAAGCGCGGUAUCAAGCUGAUUAUUAACUUCGUUAACAAUUGGAGCGAUUACGGUGGAAUCCCGGCUUACGUAACCGCCUUCGGCGGCACCCAACAGACAUGGUACACGAACGCCGCAGCACAGAACCAGUACCGGGCGUACAUCCGCGCCGUGGUACCGCGGUACGCCAACUCGUCCGCGAUAUUCGCGUGGGAGCUAGCCAACGAGCCGCGCUGCAAGUCGUGCGCGACGAGCGUGCUGACGGGCUGGGCGCGGACGACCUCGGCGUACGUCAAGAGCCUCGACCCGGGUCACAUGGUGACGCUGGGCGACGAGGGCUUCGGCCUCGGCGGUGGCGGCGGCGACGCCAGCUACCCGUACCAGCUCGCCGAGGGCCUCGACUUCGCGGCGAACCUCGCGAUCGACACGCUCGACUUCGGGACUUUUCACUUGUACCCCAGCAGCUGGGGGACCCUCGACGAAUGGGGGAACAAGUGGAUCGAGGCUCAUGGCGCGGCGUGCGCGGCGGCUGGGAAGCCCUGCUUGUUUGAAGAAUAUGGAUCCGCGACCGACCACUGCGGCGUGGAGGGCAAGUGGCAGAAGACCGCGCUCUCGACCAAGGGCCUAGCGGCCGACCUGUUCUGGCAGCUGGGGACUACGCUGAGCACGGGGCAGACGCAUAAUGACGGGUAUACCAUCUACACCGGCUCGUCGGAGUGGACUUGCUUGGUUACAAACCAUAUCGCCGCUAUUAAAUAA